GGGUUUUAUAUUCUUAUACGCAUUUGCGUUGAAGGAAUCUAGAUAGAGAUAUAGGAUCUCAAGGUCAAAGGUGGAUAGAGAGGUAACUAUGGGAAGUGACGAAGAAAUUGGAUCUCCGAAUAAAUCUGAUAAACCAUCUUCAUCUACAACACAGGAACAAUCGAAUAGCCCUCUUAAUCCUGAAUGGGCAAAUGUUCAGGCAUAUUAUGGGCCUGGAAUCCCGAUGCAGCCACCGCCACCACCUUAUAUGAACUGUGCAGUCAUGCCUGGUCAUAGUCCUUAUCAUCCUCAUAUGUGGGCUCCACCACCACAGGCAAUGAUGGCACAUUAUGGAAUGCCUUAUUCAAGUAUGUACUCUCCUCAUGGAAUUGUUUAUGCCCAUCCUGCAGUUCCUCUUCAGGUAGCAGUUGAUGGACAACAACAACAACAGACGAAUAAUAAUAAACCAUCUGAUUGUGGCGAUAAAACCCCCCAGACAAUAAAGAAGAGAAGAGCUUCAAAUGACAAAGUUGAGUUUGACGGUCAAGGUUCUGCUCACAGUAGAAGAGAACAUGGUAUUGAUGAUGCUUCCAGUAAUGACAGUGAUAAUAACACACCUUACACACAGGCGACCAGUUCUUUUCCGGAAGAAGAAGAAGUUGGUAAUAAUAAUAAUAAUAACAAUGCAAGAGUAGUAGAUGGGAGUCAGUUUUUGGUGGAGUCUCGACAGAGUAAAAGAGAGAAGAGGAAACAAGCAAACAGGGAAUCGGCUAGAAGGUCAAGGCUAAGAAAGCAGUCGGAAACAGAGGAACUAAUGGAGACAUAUGAAUCCCUCAAAAUGGAAAACAUUUCUCUCAAAUCCGAAAUGAAUCAACUAAUAGACCAAUCCGACAAACUCAGGCUCGAAAAUCAAGUCUUAUCUCUCAGAGAGGAACAACUCAACAAUAACAACAACAACAAAAACCGUCAGGCAGCUGAAGAAGAAACCGAGGAGACAAGAAAUACCAGUUUAUUAUUAUUAACACAAUCUGACCAAGGAACUGCAGAAUCAAAGAAGCUCAAUUUUAAGCGAAAGAAGACAAAGUCGGUUGUCGUAGUUGGAUAGAAAGGAAGAUUAUCGUUUUAGUCUACAACAUUUGCUCUUUUUACUAUAAAAAUUGUAUCAAACUAAUUGAUUUAUAACUGUUAUUUCGAAUUGUUGGUUGGUCCAGUUCAGAAUUAGGAAUAUCAAGAGCUAAGACUUGGUGUUUUUUCGAUUUGGGUUCUUAUGAAUUAUCUCUUAAAUUUUGUAUAUUUUAUCAAAAUCUAAGAAUUAAAGUUUGUUA